AUGAUUCCCAUCUCACACUGACUUUCUAUCAAACACCUUCUCUUCAACCUCGCCAUGUUUAUCAUCCCAAACCCCACAUAACAAAUCUCACCCCUUUCUAUUUUUCAGCACCAAAGCUUGAAACUUUACGAAAUUAGGUUGGAGAAUUUUGACUCAUUUUUUUCCUUCUUCUCUCCAGGAAGUAGAUAUUAGAAGCGCAAAUUAAAUGUCCAACAUCUUGUUGUUGAUGUUUGAGAUUCAUGUAUUUGAUUCUCAGUGAGCUCUUCUUUUCCGGGUGUAUGAUCAAUUCCACUGUUAGGCGCAGGACCCAUUUAGUUCAAUCCUUCUCAGUUGCCUUCCUCUAUUGGUUGUACUACGUUUCAUGAUUUCUACCUCUUUCUCGCUAUAUCACUUAUUAUAUAUCAUAUAAAUCUAUAAUGUCUACUGCUAUAUUUCUAUUUUCAUUAUCAUCAUCGUCGCCGUCGUCGUCAUAAAGUAAUAAUUUUUCGAGUCUGUUCGUGUCUAGUGUUUGGGUCCUGCGAACUGUGUUAACUAAGAAGGGUUGUGUUGUAUUGUAUUGUAAUAUUGUGUUGUGUUUUCAUGUGUCUCAUACCAUGACUUCCUCAAGCGGAACAUGUUCGGGUUCAUCCUCUCUGCUUCAGAACUCGAGUUCUGAGGAGGACUUGCAAGCGGUAAUGGAUCAGAGAAAGAGGAAGAGAAUGACAUCGAAUUGCGAAUCUGCACGGCGAUCUCGCAUGAGGAAGCAGAAGCACUUGGACGAUCUGGUUACCCAAGUGGCUCAGCUGAGAAAGGAGAAUCAGCAGAUACUCACCACCGUCAACAUCACCACGCAGCAGUUCUUGAGCGUUGAGGCUGAGAACUCGGUGCUCCGGGCUCAGGUGGGUGAGCUGAGCCAUCGGUUAGAGUCUCUGAAUAAGAUCAUCGAACUCUAG